AUGGCCCUCCCAGUUCUUGCAAAGAAAAUGAAAAAGUUUGUUGCUCUUCAGUUUGCUAAUAUGAAAUUUCUGUUGACUCUGGCGGCAAGUCUUGGAUCAUCAAAGUUUGAGAAGAAUUAUAAAAUUAAAGCGGAAUUAGGAAGAGGAGGAUUCGGAGUGGUCUACAGAGCAGUCCGAAUGUCCGACAAUACCACUGUGGCCGUUAAAUUUGUCAAAGCAAAACGUGUGAAGCAAUGGGGUGAAAUAAAUGGGAAAAAGGUACCAAUGGAAAUCUGUAUGUUGAUGAAAUGUUCUGAAAUCGAUGGAGUAAUUCGUAUUCUCGACUGGUACAGUAUCCCAGAAGGAUUCUUAAUCGUCAUGGAGCGUCCUUAUCCUAGUAUUGAUAUGUUUGAUUUUGUGAGAACACAUGGGAAACUGAGCGAAGAGAUAACACACUUUUUGUUUCGACAAAUCGUAUCAACAGUUUAUGAAUGCGCUCAAAACCAAGUUCUUCACAGAGAUUUGAAGGAUGAAAACGUAGUGAUUGACCUGGCUACCGGUACAACAAAACUAAUCGAUUUUGGUGCUGCUACUGAAUUUCAACGACGUCCAUAUUCACAUUUUCAUGGAACAGUCCUGUGUUGUCCCCCAGAAUGGCUCCGAAAAUCUCUUUACCUCGGAGAAGAAGCAGCAGUAUGGUCAUUGGGAGUUCUACUGUAUGCUUCAAUCAAUGGUCGUCUACCUUUCCGUAAUGAGACGGAAAUUUGCACCGCCCAUCUUCUCGGUCCACUUCUGUACCAUGCUAAGGUUUCCACAGAAGUGAAAGAUUUGAUCGACAAUUGUCUUUCAUUCGAUCCAUUCGAUAGAUGUUCUCUCGAAGAAAUUAUGAACCAUCCAUGGGUCAAAAAACAGCCGAUAUCUUGGGAACUGCUUACAGAAAAGAAACGUGAGGAGGAAGUAUCGAUCGAUUUGAAAGCUGAUUCGGAUGCAGUCGAAUGUUUUUAG